AAAGCUAGUGUUUGAAUGUGUGUUGAAGUGAACUUUAGACAAUAAUGACCGGAAUGACCAAAAGGAACAUUCUAAUCGGCUGCACCGGCAGUGUAGCCACCAUUAAAUUACCGUUACUAAUUGAAAAACUGCGCGUUUCGAAGCCGGAUGUUGAAAUCAAAGUGAUAGUUACCGAGCACGCCGAGCACUUUUUCGCCACGUCGGAUAUCGCACCGGACGUGCCGAUCCACCGGGACGCAGAUGAAUGGGCUAGCUGGAAGGGACGCGGCGAUCCUGUCCUGCACAUCGAUCUCGGUAAAUGGGCCGAUCUGAUGGUGAUUGCCCCGUUGGAUGCGAACAGUCUGGCCAAAAUGGCCCAGGGCUUGUGCGACAAUCUACUGCUGUGUACGGCGAGGGCUUGGGAUUUCGGGAAACCGCUUUUGUUUGCUCCCGCCAUGAACACCCGGAUGUGGGAACAUCCGAUUACGGGGCCACAGAUUGAAACGCUGAAAUCCUGGGGCCUGCGGGAGAUUCCCUGCGUGGCGAAGACGCUGAUGUGUGGCGAUACGGGACUGGGGGCGAUGGCCGAAGUGGAUACGAUAGUGCAAACGGUGCUGCGGUGUUUGGGGGAGAUGGAUGCGAUGUGCUAGGUUUUUU